AUGGCUUCCCAAUACGAAGUCGAGCACAAUAUCAAGCCCGGACCCUCCACACAGUCCGGGACCCGCCGCAUCGAUAUGUCCUCGUUCACCUCUUUCCUUGCGAAUCUGACUACCGAAGCCGCACCGUCAUCGCCUCAACAACACAGACAUACGAACCCUCACGCAACACCCACUCCCGUCGACGCCGCGGCCCUUUACCACCUUCUCCAACAGCAGUUCCAGACCCUCUUCUCCACGGCCCCUAAUGACGACAACGCCCGCUUUCUCUCCUCCCUUGUUGAGUCUCUUGAGGCCGACAUUGCCAGCCCCCCCUCCGAAAUCCCCGGCGUCAGCCAGGAGUACCUCGACUCUCUCGAGCGUGUGCCUAAGAAGUCUCUUGGAAAAGAUGAAGCGUGUCCUAUCUGCGCCGAAAAAUUUCUCGAUGAUCAAUACCCCCUCAUUGUUGAGCUGCCGUGCCACAGCAGCCACCGCUUCGACCUCGAGUGCGUGAGCCCGUGGUUGCGCAGCAAGGGCAGCUGUCCCAUGUGCCGUAAGGACUUGACUAAGAAGAAGGAGCAGAUUGUUGUGGAGGAUGACGAGGAGAAUGACGACCCCGACGGACUGUAUGCGUAG